AGAAACACUUGUCAUUCAUUAUGUAGUGUAACAGAUGUCCAUUAGAGGGAAAGAAAGAGAAAGACUUCAUAUUCUGAAUCUGGAUUUUCAGUGUGAUAAGAUUGAGAGGUUCAUCAAAAUUUAGAGAAUUCAUGGAGACAUCAACACUUGUAAAGCUUGGAAAUGGUUUGUCAGUACCAAGUGUUCAGGAAUUGGCUAAACAGACGCUUGCAGAAAUUCCAUCUCGAUACAUAUGCGCCGAUGAAAACCCGUUGACUUUCGGUGCAUCUGUGGUAGCUCAUGAGACAGUUCCGGUCAUCGAUUUGCAAAAUUUACUGUCUCCAGAACCUGUAAUUGGAAAACUGGAAUUGGAUAAGCUUCAUUCUGCUUGCAAAGAAUGGGGUUUCUUUCAGGUGGUAAACCAUGGAGUCAACGCUUCAUUGGUAGAUAGUGUAAAAUCAGAAAUUGAAGGUUUUUUCAACCUUCCGGCGAAUGAGAAACUUAAAUAUGGACAGAAAGAUGGAGAUAAUGAAGGAUUUGGACAGCAUUUUGUUGUAUCAGAGGACCAAAAACUUGAUUGGGCAGACGUGUUUUACAUUGUCACUCUUCCACUCCGUUUAAGAAAGCCUCAUUUAUUUCCAGAACUCCCUCUGCCUCUCAGGGAGACAUUGGAUUCUUAUUCAUCAGAGUUGAAUAAACUAUCCAUGGUGCUCUUAGAGAUGAUGGAGAAAGCUCUAAAAUUAGUUGAGACUAAGGGUAUAACCGAGUUUUUUGAAGAUGGGUUCCAACAAAUGAGGAUGAAUUAUUAUCCUCCUUGUCCUCGACCAGAGCUUGUAACCGGUCUCACGUCUCACUCGGAUUUUGGCGGUUUGACGAUCCUCCUCCAACUCAAUGAUGUUGAAGGAUUACAGAUAAGAAAAGAAGAGAGUUGGAUUUCUAUCAAACCUCUGCCUAAUGCGUUCAUAGUGAAUAUUGGAGACGUUUUGGAGAUAAUGUCUAAUGGAAUUUAUCGUAGCGUCGAUCACCGGGCAGUAAUAAACUCAACAAAGGUGAGGCUGUCAGUCGCAGCAUUCCAUGACCCUAAACUAGAGUCAGAAAUAGGCCCAAUAUCGAGCUUGAUCACACCAGAGACACCUGCGUUGUUCAAAAGAGGUGUGUUUGAGGAUCUUCUGAAGGAAAUGUUUUUAAGGAAACUUGACGGAAAAUCAUUUCUUGACUGCAUGAGGAUCGAAAAAAGUGAAGAGUGUAACAAUAAUGUAUGAUUGGAGCCACGUAUGUAUGACGAAUAUAAGUUGCAUUUGCAAAAUUCAUAAUGUGCUUUAUUUUUGUUCAAGUGUACCUUUACCACCAGUAAUAGACAAUAAGCUCCUUGACGAUUACGAGCUCUUUAAAAUCUAUCUA